AUGUUCCGGGAUCAAACAUCUUUUCAAUUAAGCCCAUUCUUUGACUCGGACUCGUUCCGCAUACUGGUCCUUCAGUCGUGCAAUGUGCCGGCUAUUCGACAAGUAGUCAUUGCGAUUGGAGCUCUGACAAAAGCAUGCAUGACCUUUCACAAACAGAAGGACAAGCAGCCAAGCAUAUGUGCAGUUGACGCUAGAAAGCAUCAUGGAGCCGCGAUCACGGAGUAUUCCAAAGCCCUUGGACUGAUGAGAGAGGCAAGCAGUGAGGGGCGGCAAGAUCUGAGGACCACCUUGAUCACCUCCUUGCUGAUCGCCUGCUUUGAGUGCUGCCACGGGAACUAUGCUUUGGCGGAUGCGCAGGUUGAGAGUGGUAUAGGCUUGAUAAAUAGUUGGCGAAAGUCAUAUCCGAGUCGAGCUUCCGAACUUUCCUCUCCUGCACCGGAUGUGGUCGAGGACCUGCUGAUCCAGAUGUUUUUCGGUCUCGACAUUCAGAGCAGCAUGUUUGGUACAAAGCACACAGCAGACCAGCAUCGAACAAUGAUGUACGGAGGUGAGGAUACGGUCCAAAACAUGCCGGCUUGCUUCAACGAUCUUGAGACUGCGCGUGCAUAUCUUCAGCUAAUCAUCAAGCGCCUUUUGCACUGCAUGCAUAGUGUUAUCCUAUCCCACAACACCGAAAAUGCAGUAGAGGGACGUACCAGCAGUCAGUCCCAGCAAGGAUAUGUGGAAGAACAGUUUCUGUACGAUCUCGUUUCCGACAGUUCUAUAAAUCCAUCCACUUUCCAAUUCGAGUACAUUCACUACCGGUCGCAGUUGGACAGAUGGAUCUAUUCAUUCCACUCUCUCCUCGAACAACAACCUUUCUUACACCACGAGUUGGUUGUAACGCUGCUCCGUCUGGGAUACAGGUCUUGCUUACUGCUGCUGAACACAAUCAUAGGGCAGGAAAAUGUAUCAUUGGAAGAAGAUACACAAAAUAUAGCGGAGAUCAUUCAUGAAUCGAAUAUCGUGGUUGAUGGUCUCCGAACCAGGUCAAAUGCCCAUUUCAUGGUCGUUCAGGGCAUGAUAGAUCCCAUAAGAUUAUCGGAAACUUUAAAGCUGUCAAGUCGAAGUGGUCGAUUGGAGGCUAUUGAGAUCCUGUUCAGAUGGCCAAGGAGCGAAGGGACGUCGGGUAGCCUUUUUGUUGGCAGGACAUUGAAUUGUGCUCAAUUAACCAAGAGGAAUGAAACCAUUGCUCUCCCUAUAGGAGAUGAAGUCAUGAGAGAGACGUUGAGAGAAGACCUGUAG